UGCCUCUCCAGCACCCUCAUCACAGCUCACAGCGCAGCGCUGUCGACCAGCUCGGUCGUCGACGCUGGGAAUGCUCACCGUCAGCCAGCGGGACGUGCGCGGCCGCAGCGCAGGGUUGCCGACGCCUCUCCUGCUGCCAUGGGCCGCGGGAGCGUGCGGGAGCGGCCGCGGUCGAUCAUGCGUGUCUCCCGUCUGCACACGACGGCUGCCACCUUCACGCCGCGGAAGCGAGGCUGCCGCUGAAUGCUGCAGAGGCUCCUCGGCGUCGGGCCCUCGAGCAUGCCGGCGGUCGCGGCGGCGACGAGCGAUGUGGCGCCAGCGAGCACCGAGUGACGCCUGCUGAGCGUCCCGGCGAUGCGCUCCCGGCUCGUCCAUGCACGGUCAGCGUCGGUCACACGCGACUUCGAGAGGCACAUCUUGCCGCCGUGCAGCGGCCGCGGAGCCGCGUUGCGUUUGCUGCUGCGCAUCGCAGCGGCGUGCGACGUCCGAUGCCGCAGCAUGUAGCCGCAACGGUGCCGCAUCGUGUCUCAGCGAGCGGCUCGGACGCGGGUUGUGCGUGCACAAGGCGGAGGUGCAGGAGAGCAGGAGACGUGAGCGGGCCGCAGCAGGUGAAAGCAAGCCAGCCAAAGGUCGCGCGAUCUGCCUGCGAUGCGGCACGGUGCUCUCGGGCUGCGGCGGCGAGGCGAGGGCGCUGCGCCCCUUCGCCUUCCCGCGCGCGGCCGCGGCUGCGCCUCCUCGCGCCGGCGCUUUAGCCGCCGGCCAGCGUCGCCUCGCCUCGCCUUCUCGCCCCCUUCCCGCACCAGCAAGCUGUGCUCAUCCGUCCUCGCCACAUCGCUGCUCCUCACCACCACCACCACCUCUGCCUGCCAGCAGCGCCCACGCAUCCGUCCCCCGCGCUCUCGUCGCCGUCUCGCCGCGAUCGCAACUCCGCUCGCGCGCGACCAGCUCAGCAGCCGCCGCCGCCUCCACAGCGAGAAAGAGCAACAGCGGCGGCAGACGCAGCGGGCCCCGGCGUUUCUCACGCGCCUUGCGCAGCGUCGCCCGCUCCUCCGUCCCAACCAUCGGCAUCGGCGCGAGCUGUCCCCUCCUCCAGCAGCAGCCAUGGACCGCUCCUCGACGCCGCGCAUCUCGCAGCUGCCGCAGUCGCGCUUUCCCGGCAGCAGCAGCGGCAAUGCGCACGCCGCCGCCGCAGCGGGCGGCAGCAGCGGCAGCAGCAGCAGCAGUCUCAGCGGCCUCGGCACGCACGUCGUGCACGACGGCGGCAAGCACGGCACGCUCGCGUCGUCGCCGCCGGCUCGCGAGCCGUCGCCGGGCCUGCUGUCGUGGAUGCGCAGUGCCCUCAUGCUUGCUCCGCCAUCACCAGCUCCAGCCAGCAGCACUGCGCAUGAGUCCGGUAGCAGCACGCCGCUGCGAGCGCCAACGCACGGCACUGCCGCACCGCCACAGGUCGUCGUCGAGCCGCCGCGCCACGAGCCCGAGUCGCGCGACAGCGGCUCCUGGGAGGACUCUGCGCCGUCGUCGGCGAAAUGGGACCACUCUCCGCGCUCGUCCUUCUCGCGCAGCAGCACCUAUGACUUCCACGAAGGCAGCGACGAGUCGGACGAGGAAGAGACGUUUGCGCCCUUUGCGCCGGCUGAGCAGACCAAGGCUGCGCCGUCGCUGGUGCGCCCGACGGCACGCAGAGAUGCAUCGUUCGUUCCCAGCAGCUCGAGCGAUCGCAGCCUGGGCGAGGGCCAGGUGCUGCUGGAUGGCGCGCCGGCACCACCUGCGAACGGCAACGACAAGACGCCGAGGAUGGGCUACAGCGGCUCGGGCGCAGACCUGAGCCGCGCCCUCAGUGUGGACGAAGGUGAGUGCGCUUGUCAGAAGCAGAUGCGAGGCAGCUCCGAGGCCGGCAUUGUGGUCCAGGCUUGAGUUGGAACUCUCACGCUGGGUGGUCAGGGGCUGGACCGCCGCGGGGUGGACAGGCGCGGGAGGCGUGCCUGAUGAGUGCCGCGCGUGCCGGCCAGGGCAGCAUUAAGGCCCUCCGCCCACUAUCGAUGGCCACCUUGCCUCCUCGCGUGAAGAUCGGACCACCCCGCAGAGCUUCAUCUAAGCGUGCGCAGGGCAAACUGGCGGCGCCCUAUCUGGCGCCCGCUUCGCAUCGCAUCUCCCGCCUCUCACCCAUGCAUCCUCACUGACACCACACCUGCUC